AUGGACCCGUCCUCUCCGAAGGCGGCAUCUGGGCCAAGUGGCCACGGCGAUGAAACCCACCACCGGAGCCAUGGUUCGGGGGUCGUCUAUACCCUCGAACCACCUCCGGUCAACGGUACGAAGCUUGGAUCCCUUACUGCUCCUACUCAUACUCCUACGGGCUUUGAAUUCUGUCAUCAUGCUUCCUGUGGUACUUGUUCCCAUAUGAGUACAGCUAUGCCUCAAUUAGAUUUUCCCAAGUUUGAUGGUACUAGUCCCAAAUUAUGGAUCAAACGUUGUGACACUUACUUUGAUCUAUAUGGUAUUCCUGUUGAGAAUUGGGUUAAGCUUGCUACUAUCAAUUUCUCUGGUCCUGCCGCAUUCUGGAUGCAGACCAUUGAAAUAAACCUGAAACAAUGCACUUGGGAUCAGAUCUGUAAACUGGUAGUUGAGCGUUUUGACAGAUAUCAGUUCAAUCACUUCAUCCGUCAAUUUUUCCAUACCAAGCAAACUGGCACUGUCUUAGAAUACAUAACCCUUUUUUAUGACCUUAUGCAUCAGCUCCUUGCUCAUGAUCCUUUAGUGAACCCUGCUAUUCUGACUAGCAAGUUUAUUGAUGACCUUAAACCUGAAAUUCGAGCUGUUGUCUUUUUACACCGCCCCAAAGAUUUAGAUACUGUGAGUUCCCUUGCCAUUUUGCAGGAAGAGGUGUUAUCUGGACCAGCUGUUGGUGAUUUUAAACGGCUGAGCAAUUAUUCUUCUCAAAAGAAUACUACCAAGUUUGCUACUGUUACUGGGGGACAUGCUGUUCCACCGGGCAAGACUGGGCCACCAGACCCUACUAAGGAGCACAACACUAAACCUGAUGAGAAGCUUUCAGCAUUGAUGACUUAUCGCAAGGCUCGGGGUUUAUGUUUCAAGUGUGGGGGAAAAUGGGGUCCUCAGCACAAAUGCCCCGCAACAGUACCCCUUAAUAUGAUUGAAGAGGUCUGGAAUCUGAUUGCAGAAGCUGAAGACAGUUCACACUCUGCUCCUUCUAACUCUGAUGAUGACGAGUUAAUGGCACUUUCUCCUCAGGCAGCUCAAGGUACUCAUGCAGCUAAUACUUUGAAAUUGCACGCUUACAUUCAACAAAAGCAGUCCAUUAUUUUGGUGGACUCUGGUAGCUCUCAUAAUUUUAUUAGUGAGCGCCUUGCAUCUCAGUUGCAACCUUGGACUCCUAUGCCUCAUCUAAUGACUGUGAAAGUUGCUGAUGGAUCUAUAUUAGUUGCACUCAUGAAAUUAUCAACUGUUACUGGUCUGCUCAGGGUGUUCUAUUCACCACCACUUUUAAGAUUCUACCUCUCCAAUGUUAUGAUGCCAUAUUGGGGCAUUCAGGAGGAUUUUUUCAAGAUUCCUGAGGUUACUGUCAAUCAGUUAUCUGCUAUGGAAAAGGAUGAAGCCAUUUGGGGUGCAGUCGCAGUGUACUCUGUGGAUAGUUCAUCAACUGUAGUUGAUACCCCACUUCCUGCUGAGAUUUUGGAACUGGUAGAUCAAUUUCAUGAUCUUUUGGUGAACCUUCUGGUGUACCUCCUUCAAGGUCUCUCACUCAUUCUAUUCCAUUGGUUCCUGCAUACUCCAUUUGAAGUACUGUAUGGUCAUCACCCACGCCAUUUUGGUAUUGACCCUGAUCAAGAUUGCCAAGUUCCAGAACUGGAUAAUUGGUUGGAGCAGCGCCAAACUAUUACUGCCUUAUUGCAAGAGCAACUACUGAGAGCUCAGCAGAGGAUGAAAGCACAAGCUGACAAGCAUAGGACUGAAAGAUCUUUUGCAGUGGGUGAUAAGGUUUGGUUGAAAUUUCAACCGUAUGCACAAGGCUCUGUUGCUUCCAGAGUCAGUCCUAAAUUGGCUUACAGAUAUUUUGGGCCUUAUGAGGUAGAAUCCAAGAUCAAUGAGGUGGCUUUCAAGAUCAAGCUUCCUCCAACUUCUUCUAUACACCCAGUUUUUCAUGUGUCAUUGCUCAAACCUGUCAAAGGUACUGCUCCGACUGCCUUCGGACAUCCCUUCUAUGCAGUCUCCAGAAAUGGUAUUGGAUCGUCGUGCCUGCUCCAAGAACAAUCGCCUUUACCAUCAACUGCUUGUCAAGUGGUGUGA